UUUAGGUCAUCUCCCUGCGAUGCGGCGUCCUCGUCGCCGUGGCAAUUCGGCCUAGCCCGCUCGGAGAAGCCUCGGCCCGCGGUAUGUUCGCCGACGCGGCGGCCGGCGUAGUGGACGUGGUGUCGACGUGGCGGGCGGAGCGGGGAAGGCGCUGCGAGGAGAAAUGCACCCAGACGGGUUUCAUCUCGGCGGCCGAAGCCGCCACACAGCCCCGCCCACGGCGUGAUGCAGGGGUGCAGACGGGCGGUGGUGAGCCCGGGGAGGGCCAGCCGCGGCGGGUGCCGGGGGCCGUGGACUAUGCGGGGCUGCUGGCCUUCCUGCAGGGCGUGGAGGAGCCCGUCAGCCGGGAGCUGGAGAAGAACUGGAAGAGCCACGCCUUUGACGGCUUCGAGGUCCAGUGGGCGGAGCAGAAUGAGACGGUCUCCUGCUUGACCAGCCUCUCGUACCCGGUAGCACAGGAGCGGAAGCUGCAAGUCACUGGGGUCUCCUGGAGUUCCACCGGGGCCGUCGUGGCGUGUUCCUAUGGCAGAUUGGAGGAUGGGGACUGGAGCGCCGACAAGUCCUAUGUCUGCACCUGGAACCUCGACCGCCGGGCCCUGGACCCCCAGCGUCCCGACCUGGUGGUGGAUGUCCCCGGCUCGGCCAUGUGCCUGGCCUUCCACCCUCGGCGGCCAUCAAUCAUUGCUGGGGGCCUUUACAGCGGGGAAGUCCUGGUUUGGGACACUGGCCGACCGGAAGACCCCUUGGUCUGGAGGACAGGGAUGACGGACGACACCCACACGGACCCCGUUUACCAGGUGACCUGGCUCCAAGGCGACAAGCAGACCCGCCUCCUGAGCGCCUCGACCGACGGGAAAAUCCUGCUUUGGCGCGAGGAGAGGGACGGCCUCCUCGAACCCGCCACCGGCUUCGCCCUGGCGCUGCAGCAGAUUCCCCGGAGCACCAAGCCGAAGAAGCAUUCCCGAGGGGACACCCCAGUGGGGGUCACCUCCCUCUCCUUCUCCCACUUCGAGCCCUCGGUCUUUGUGGUGGGCACGGAAGGGGGCGACGUGCUGAAGUGCUCGGCGGCGGCCGACGCCCCCGCCCUCCGGCAGGCGGGGGGCUCUGUCCUCCCCCUCAAGGCGCCCAUGCAGUUUUCCUUCUCGCCCCACGGAGGCCCGGUCUACUCAGUCAGCUGCUCCCCUUUCCACAGGAACCUGUUUCUCAGCGGAGGGACCGACGGACAUGUUCACCUACACUCCAUGCUACAAGCGCAGCCCCUCGUUUCCCUGCAACUCUCAAAGAAAUACGUUUUCGGCGUCAGGUGGUCCCCCAUCCGACCCCUGGUCUUCGCAGCCGCUUCCGGGGAAGGGGAAGUGCAGCUCUUUGACUUUGGCAAGAGCUCCCAAAAGCCCUCGCUCUCCAUCCCCCAGACCCAGGACCGGGGCCCUGUCUACUGUGUGGAGUUCAACCCCUGCCGGGCACAGCUCCUGGCCGCCGGCGACGGGGCGGGCCUGGUGAAGAUCUGGCAACUCAGCUCCGACUUCACGGAGGAGGGGACCCGCGAAAUGAGCCACCUCGACCAGCUGGCCAACGAGGUGACUGAUUGACCGUUGAAAAGCAGAAUAAAAUGUUUUAUAGAUGUUAUUCCAAUAUAUACUUAUUUCAGGACAAUUCUACCACAUGUGCACGAGGGACCCUUUUUUGUAUUACACCUCCAGCACUCAGCAGAUUUGUUUUUAUACAUCUUGGCUAUCCUAUCCUAUCCUGUCUCAUAUCCUUGUUUCCUAUCCUAUCCUGUCCUUCUAUCCUCUCCUUGUCUCCUCUCCUUGUCUCCUAUCCUGUCCUUCCCAUGUCUCCUAACCUUUUUUCCUGUCCUAUCCUAUCCUUCUAGUCUGUCAUAUCCUAUCCUAUCAUUGUUUCCUAUCCUAUCUUAUCCUUCUGUCCUAUCCUAUCGUAUCCUAUCGUAUCCUAUCCUCCUAUCCUAUCCAUGUCUCCUAUCCUUUUUUCCUGUCCUAUCCUAUCAUUGUUUCCUAUCCUAUCCUUCUGUCCUAUCGUAUCUUAUCCUCCUAUCUUAUACUUGUCUCCUAUCCUAUCCUAUCCAUGUUUCCUAUCCUAUCCUAUCCUAGUCUCCUUUCCUAUCCUCCUAUCCUAUCCUAGUCUCCUAUCCUUGUUUCCUAUCCUACUGUUCUGUCAUAUCCUAUUUUCCUAUCCUACCCUAGUCUCCUUGUUUCGUAUCCUCUCCUUCAGUCCUAUCCUUCUAUCCUGUCGUAUCCUAUCCUUGUCUCCUAUCCUAUCCUAUUAUUCUGUCCUAUUGUAUCCUAUCUUAUUAUUGUCUCCUGUCCAAUGCAUGUUUCCUAUCCUAAUCUAUGCUAUCCUACUGUCUUAUCGUAUUCUAUUCUCCUAUCCUAUCCAUGUUUCCUAUCGUAUCCUAUCCUGUUCUGUUCUAUCCUUCUGUCCUAUUGUAUCCUAUCCUCGUCUCCCAUCCGUGU